ACUCUACAUACAAUUGUGUGCUCUCAUUGUAAAGACUUACACGAUAUUAGGUAUUUUAGGAAGCAUUUAGGAAGCAUUUAUACAAAGCAUCUAAUACAUGCAGGUACAUGACGGUACUUAGAUACUUCCCUCCUAGUCAAGAACGGUUCCGUCCAAUGAAACGUCAUCGCUGGAACUUGCACCUUGCACCUUGUACCUUGUACCUUGUACCUUGUAAAUUAAACGCGGCUAAAGAUCGGCGUGCGUCCGUGUCCUCAAACAGCACCGCAGCUUCACCUUAACUUAAGUCAUCAUUGUCCUUUGUUCUCGUCCUCGUCCUCGUCCUCGCAAUAACCAAAGCGGUUUGGUCGUUCGCUCCACACCCCUAUAUCGACCGUAGCUGUGUUGUAGGAUCUGCAGUGGACGACGUAAGAGAGAAAAUACCAAGAUGGCGAACGCAGGCUACGACGCCGUCGUAGAUAUUGACGAUGAGGGCGACCUCGGCCACACCGACCUCCAAGAAGACCUCGAAUUCCACAACUCCACCUUCUCCGAGUCGCAGCACGCGCGCGGCGGCAAAGGCAUCCCGGCCUCCUCGUCCUCCCUCAACAGCGGGGCCCCGGGUCUCCCGCUCCCCGCGACGGCGAGCUCCGGCGGCGGGGGGCCCGUGUCCUCGAAGCGGUACCUGUGGACGCUGUCGUUCUACGCGCAGUUCUUCGACGUGGACACGUCGAGCGUGCUGGCGCGGUGCUGGGCGGCGCUGUACCCGCGCGCCAACUUCCUCGACGUGCUGGAGGGCAAUCCGGACCUGUACGGGCCGUUCUGGAUCGCGACGACCGUGGUGCUGAUUCUGUUCCUGGGCGGCACGAUUAGUGCGUAUCUGGCGAGCGAGGGCAAGGGCGCGUUUGCGUAUGAUUUUAAGCUGUUGAGCGGCGCUGCUGGUCUCAUCUACGGGUACACACUCGGAAUCCCCGUGGUUCUGUUCGGCGCACUACGAUACUUCGGCUCCGAAUCCGCGAAUCUGCUCGAGUGCUGGGCGCUGUACGGGUACUCGAAUCUGAUUUGGGUCCCCGUGGCGCUGAUCAGCUGGUCGCCUAUCACGAUCCUCAACUGGGUUUUCGUGGGUGUCGGGUUCGGUCUCAGCGUCGCUUUCCUGCUGCGCAACUUAUACCCCGUCCUCAGCGCCACCGAUCGCCAGACCAGCAAGAUUCUGCUUAUCCUUGUUGUGGCCCUGCAUGCCGGCCUUGCGAUCGCUAUCAAGGUCCUGUUCUUCGCCGCUGGAAGCCCUGUCGCGGGAGACAAGCCGGGCGAUACGCCGCCUGCGGCCGGAGGGGAUAAGCCGGCGGGAAAUGCCAUGAUCCUUUUUUAAGGGGCUAUGUGUUAUGUGUAUCUAUUCAUAUGGGAAGAGAGGAAGGAUGUGCCGAAAUGGCAAGGUCGAGAAUGAGACGGGAAAACUUGACCUGAUAUUAUUGUGCUUUUAUGGCGUUGGGCAGGUUACGUGCAAUAGUGUUAUGUACACUACCUCUAAGCUAGCUGACGAUACCUUUCCGUUCUGAUGUAUCAUAAGAUCAGU